GCUAUAACUCAAUAACUAAUAUUUAGAAACAUAAAUAUCUUUUUGAUGUAAACUAUGAAUUCAAAACCAGCGAACGGAGUUAGCACGGACGCGAUCUCUGUAGCGGUUGUGGCUUUUUGACAUUUUAUUAAAUCGCGCUAAUGUUCCGAGCGCGUGGCUUUUAAUCGAAUGAUAUUUUCUUGAUGUUUUUCGUGACCUUGGGAACCCCGAACGAGCGACUCGGUGAUGCGUUAAAUCACAUCGUUAAAACAAUUUCCACGCACGAGCCAGAGGGGUCGCUUAAUUUACACCGUGCCCAAACCGCAGCAGGAAGGCAGGACGGGCGCGUCGCGUCGAGUCGAGAGGGGUGAGCCUCGGCGCGUGGAGUCACCGUGGGAACCGGAGACUGACAGGAGGACAGGGGAGGGGACUCUCUCCCUCUACACCCGUCCACUCAGAGCCACUCUCGUCGUCUCUCCUCCGAUUUAUUAAUUCGACGUUAUAAAGCGGCGCUAUCAGGCGGCGGAUGGUGCUCGCUCCGCGCUAGGACAGAGCCGACAGUGGAGAUGAUGGAGGGACAGUGCAGCCGCUGUAAGAUCGUGGUGGUCGGUGACACUCAGUGUGGAAAGACCGCGCUGCUGCAUGUGUUCGCCAAGGACAGCUACCCGGAGAAUUACGUGCCCACAGUUUUCGAGAACUAUACGGCCAGCUUUGAGAUUGACAAGCACCGCAUCGAGCUGAACAUGUGGGACACAUCAGGGUCCUCGUAUUAUGAUAAUGUACGGCCCCUGGCGUAUCCGGACUGUGAUGCUGUGCUCAUCUGUUUUGAUAUCAGCAGGCCAGAGACGCUGGACAGCAUCCCUAAGAAGUGGCAGGUGGAGGCUCAAGAGUAUUGUCCUAAUGCAAAGUUGGUGCUGGUUGGCUGUAAGUUGGAUAUGAGAACAGAUGUCAGCACCUUACGAGAACUGUCCAAACAGAGACUCAUACCUGUCACUCAUGAACAGGGGAGUUCACGAGCACGCGAGCUGGGCGCAGUUGCAUAUGUGGAGUGUUCGUCCCGAAUGUGCGUGAACAGCGUCCGGGACGUCUUUCACAUCACCACGCUGGUGUCCGUCAGACGUGAGGCCAUCCCGAGCCUCAAGAGAAGCUCCUCGCGCCGCACUCUCAAGCGCAUAUCUAAUCAGCCUCUACUGCCAGUCAGCUCACAGGCCACGCCCCUUGAACCCACCCCUACCCUCAGGGAGGACAGAGCCAAGAGCUGCACCAUCAUGUAGACUAAUGCACAUAGUCACAGUGUGUGUGUGUGUGUGUGUGUGUGUGUGUGUGUGUGUGAGAGAGAGAGAGAGAGAGAGAGAGAGAGAGAGAGAGAGAGAGAGACAGAGAAAAUGAAGAGAUGUACCCCAAAAAAGAGAGACAUAUUGUCCCAUAUAUGGCCAAUGGGAUUGUACAGAUGUGUGAAUACAUUAUACAGAGCAGUUCUAUUUAUUAACUUCAAGUUUGCUUUUAUUUUUAUCAUUGUGGUAUUGCUUAGCUGACCUAAGUGUCACAAACUGUGUAAAGCAGAUACAAAAAAAUAAUAAAAAAAAGGGUUUGGA